GAAUGCUGUACAGCUGGUCGAAAAAUGGCUGCCGCGACGAUGGCAGGGGCCGAUGCCCAUAUGAUGGAGCAGAAAAAGUUGGAGUAUUUCUCCUCCAUCAACUCCAUGGCCAGGAAAAUAAUGCAAGAAAGGGAGAACAUCAAGGAGAGACAUGGACCCGAUUGGGAGAAAAUGACACCGAAUGAACAAGACAGCGCCAUCGACAAUGGAAUGAUGGACCCCCAUAUUCGUGCUCGAUAUGCAAUGCAUAGGGUUGCCCGAGAAGAAGUCAUUUGUUAUCCUAAAUUGCUCAUUCAGACAGGACAGAAAAUUGUCCAUUUUGGUGAUGAGGUACGGACUUUUACCCGAUUUGCAUUGGUAGUCACAUAUCUAUUUCCUAGAGAAAUAGCUACGUUUUCUCGCAUGAUUCCAGCUAGGUAAAAUGGCUAACAUACUAGCUAGCCACGACCGAUGUUUGAGCUGGUAAACGUCAUACCAGUAGCAAAACAAUGCAAGACAUCGAAAUGGAUCAGAUGGCAAUUUUCAUCAUGGUCUUCCCCAUGGUAUAUACAGAUGGGCAUUUGUAUGAUAACAUGAUCUGUCUGAUUUGGACAAAUCUGGGAAACUAGCAAUUUUUGUUUUGCUGUCAAUUGAUUCACUAGAUUAUCAAAACACUAAGCCAGCCAGCUAGUAUAGUCCUAUAAUCCAGUAACCUGACGGUGGCAGACUGUUUCUGCAUGUGAAGAGAGUAGUGGUUUAUCACUAAUCACACUUUGAUGAAAAAAACAGUUUUUGUGUUCAAUUUCAGGACAUAACUUGGCAAGAUGAGCACUCUGCCCCAUUCUCCUGGGAGACCAAGGUGUGUAUGACAAUGUCCAUGUUGUAUUCUACCAUUAACAAGAUUACCUUAAAUUGAUGUAGCUACAGUACACAUUUUAUUUUCGGUCAACACACCAUCUCCUUUCUCUUUACAGAGCCAGUUGGACUUCAGCCUGACAACAGGGGAAUCUGUGCAGGGCAUCUCCUCUUCAACAGCUGACUACAAGCCACCUAAUGUCACCCAGAGCAGCCAGCUGAGCAAGGUAACCCAGAGCAGCAAGGUGUCCAAUGGCGAGAUCCUCGGCCUGGACAGGAAAGAGGAGUCCUCCUCCUUCUGGAAGAUCAGUGCUGAGAGAUCCAGGCUGGAGGGUGAACAGGCAGACUUCUACUCCCUAACCCCCAGCCAAAUCAAGUCCCUGGAGAAGGGGGAGAAGCCACUGCCCUCCUACCUUCGUCAGGAGCCCACCCCCAAGGAGGCAGAGGAGACCCCACCCCCACCACGGGUGACCAAGCAGAGAGCCCCCCGGUUGCCUGCGCCUCCUACCCCUGUGCCCAUCAGUGUCCCCCCCCCAGCAGCCAUAAGUGUGACCCCUAUGAGCGUGACUCCUACCCCUGCUCCUAUCAGUGUGUCGUCCACUGUGGCUGUUUGGGAGCGCGCUCAGAGCACCCUCCCCUCAGUCAGCAACACAGUGGAGGACGUCUUCACUCCAGGGCUGCCCACUAAAUCCCCAGGGCUGCCCACCAAGUCCCCUGCCCGCUCAGGCAACACUGCCAGAGACAGAGAGGAGAAGGCUGCUGUUCAGUCUGAGUCUCAACUGGCCACCAGUCCCACCUUCGCUCAGGUGAACAACCCAUUGUGGUUUGAUACUGAUCAAAGAUAUUUUGAUCCAGCAAAAUUGGCAACAGCAUUUACCUGUGUAGUAACAGUCUAAUUACUCUGUAUUAACAUGUUGUUACAUAGUACAUUUACUUCAAGUUGUGUGCUCUGUACUGUUCUAAUUGAGAUGUUCUAUUUUUCUCCUACCAGUUUAAUACCAGCAGUAACGUCCUGAAGACCGGAUUUGACUUUCUUGACAACUGGUAACAGCUGCUUCAAGUAAAAACAUUGAGUGACUGGAUCAACUCAACACUAGAAGGACCAUUGUGAUGACCAUUUUAAUACAUGUAUUAAGGAAAGCCAACAAUUGAACUGACUAUGUCUAUUUAUCUUAAAUGGCUUUUUAUGGCAUAUCUCACUACAUGUGUGCUUUUGUUUGCCCACUGCCAGAACCCACACACUCCAGCUGUUACCUUUACCUUUAUUACUCUGACCUCGUACUAGUGCUAAGCAUUACUGUAGUGUACACUAAUGAGAAGCACUCAAAGUGGUAUGUUUAGGUAAGCCAGCAUGUUAAGUGAUUUAUACCACUUGCAAUGUAGAUCUACAACCAUUUAUACUACUAGAGUACUAUUUUACAGAAUUUUGUAUGUAAAUUAUAUUCACUGUAUGCUAUAUUGCACUCAUACAUUUUGAAAUCACUGAUUCAAAGCAAAUAAAUUGUACAGAAUGAGG